CACAGACAGCAGCCGAGGUGAGGCCGGCUGUGGCUUGGCUCGGGGCGGUGCGAUGAGAGAGAGAGGCGGCGCCCAGGAAGCGGCAGCCGACGGUCUCUGGUUCCGACGCUCGCCACCGGUCGCCGAUGGACUCGAAGCCCUUGCGCCUGAUUGCCGCGGCCGACGAGGCGCUGGGGAUCGGGAAGAGCGGCCGCCUGCCCUGGGAACUGCCGAACGAGUUCAGUUGGUUUGUGUCGCAAGUGGACGCCGUCUCCGAUCCGAGCAAGAAGAACGUGCUGAUCUGGGGGAGAGGAAGCGCCGUCUCUGACUCCCGCCCACUUCCCCACUGUUACCGAGUGUGUCUGAGCACCACGUUGAGCUCAGUGCCGGCUGGCACGGACUUCCUCUGCCGAGACCUGGCCAGUGCAGUCCAGCUCGCCUCUCUCCCUCCUCUGAGUGAUCACAUCGAGACCAUCUGGGUACUGGGCGGCACCAGGCCCUUCCAGGAAGCCUGGCGAUAUCCAAACUGCGACCGCAUCUAUCUGACCAACAUCAUGGCAAACUUCCACUGCGACACUUUCUUCCCAGAUUUUGACCAGGACAUCUUCCAGCUGCAGGACAAGUUUCCUGGAGUUCCCAGUGAAAUUCAAGAGGAAAACGGCAUCCAAUAUAAAUUUCAGGUUUUCCAGAAAGUUCUAUCCAAUGACCCCGAACCUAGACUGCAGUAUGCUUAGUGACGAGCUGAAGUUCUCCAGCAUAUUAUAUAUUUUUUCGUGUCCGAGAGAUAUUUAAUGAUCUGAAGUGAAUCCACGUUGUUGUUUCCAACAACAUGAAACGUAUCUACUGCAGUAAACAAGUCUUGGUUCAUUUCCAACAUCCACCCGCAUCUGCUGUGGUUCCGUCCCUGGUGCAAGCUGGGCGAAUAUCACCAUUACUGGGGAUCAAGAUCCUGUCACUUCACAAUACAUGUCCUGUGGUUCUAUGACAAUAAAAUAACAAAAAUCAUAA